AGCCACGCCUCCUUCCUUAACCUGGGUCCUGGGUUAGAGUAAUUUAUAUCGUUUCUAACGCGAAGAGCUUGAAUUUCAUCCGUGUGAACUCAUAGAAAUGCUGUCCGAGCCACAGUAAUGUGUAAAGAAUGGACACCAAAACACCUCCAGACAUAAACAGCGCCGACUAACUCCAAUGACUUUAGUCAGUUUAGUUUUUGAGAAUGAAUGUGAAACAGAAAACGAGAAGCAUGGAAGAGGGGGAAUUAACUGGAAAUACCAAAUGGCUUAAGAAAAUAGUUCUGCUUCUCACGUAGCUAUUUAUAAGAGCAAGAAGAGAUGUUGUAGUGUACGCGCAAGCUGUCACUAACACACUACCACACUAUUUUCAUGUUUGUUUGGGUACACACUGAAACCAUUUUAAGGUAGUGAAAACACUGUGAUAAAAAGGAAGAGUUUUGUGUUGAAUAGCAAAGUUCAGCAGCAAGACUGGGGGUACAUUCAAAUUAUAGCGAUAUUAAGCCAGUCAGAGAACGGAGAACUGUGAAACAUGGAUUAUGGUGAAAGUGCUCUUUGUGGAAGUGGAGAACUGGAGAUGGAUCCAGAUAUUGUGAGCGAGGAGGCGGGGAAACUGUACUCGGAGCUGCAGUUGGUGGUGGAGACUCAUGGAGCUGGUGUGGUGGAGUCCCUGCUGCCCAUCCUCGUCUGGGUUCUGGAAGGGCUGGCAAGCUGCAGGGCUCAGCUGAGAGAGAGAGAGGAGGAGGCAGAGAAAGAGAGAGGAGAGAGAGAAGAACUGUUGGAGAGGUAUCAGAAUGAGAAAACGCUGAGGAGAGAGAGCCAAGAGCGCUAUUUGGAGUUGGAUGACCAGUUUGAGCAAGAGAGAAGGGCAAUGCGUGCAAGAGAAAAGGAGAGAGAAAGGAGAGAAAGAGAACUGGAGAGAAAAGCCAGGGAACAAGCUGAUCAAUUGAUGGCUUUGGAGGAGCAGAAAGCAAAUCUGACACGAGAGCUAAACUCCAUUAAACACACACAUAACAAGUUAGUACUGACACAUCGAGAUCUGCUGGAAAAGAAAAAGGAGUGGGAGAGCGAAGCCUUCACUUUCAGGAAUCAUGUGCACAGCAAACAUUCAGAAGCUGUUUCUACGCACGGUCAAACAGAAACCUCCAGCACUGAAGAGCAUGAUCCAAAAGCUGGCAGUGCCCCUGAUUCCACUGCGUCAGAAAUUACCGUUACCAAUAACAGCAAAGUGACUGAUGCUGAAGUUAACCAUAAUAAUGAUCAGUCCUUUAUCAGUAACAUCAUAAGCUCCACCCCUGAGUUGGCUCAUUUGAAGGACUUUGUUGAAACAAGCUCCCCUGUUUGUUCAAAGACAGCCACCUCUGAAUUAAACUCCAGUUUGUUUGAUGAAAUGAAACAAGCCCAGGAGGAUAAGAGAGAGGUGGUUGAAGACCAGAAGGUGGAAGAUGGAGAAAAAACAGAGGAGGAAGACAUGGACAGUGACUCUGAUUGCUUGGAGUGGGAGUUGAGGAAUACAGACUCUGUGUUUUCAGAGUUAUCUGAACUCAGCAGGGAAUAUGUGGAAAAUGUUGACCAGGGGGCCAGUGUCAGAGAUAGCACAGGCCAGUUUGAGCAGAUUCUUUCUCAAUAUGAAGAACUAAAACACACUCAUGAAAUGGUGGAUACUGCUCGUAAGGCUCUUAUAUCCCGUGUUGAGGAGCUGACCAGUGAGAGAUCUGCCCUGAAUAUGGAACUUGAUUCUUGCCGUGAAACCAUCAGCCGACUGGAAGGAAAAACCAAGGAGAUGGAGGAUGAAAUCAAGCGAUUACGAAAAGAGCUUGAGACAGUCCAGUCAGAGGACCCUGAUGCCUCGCUACCUGCUUCCCUCCGUCGCUUCUCUCGUUCUGAAAUGGCCCGGGUCGUCAUGGAGAAGAAUCAGUACAAAGAGCGACUGUUCGAACUGCAGGAAUCUCUGCGGCGUGCUCAGCUUCAGAGAGUUAUAAAAGUAGAGCACCCCCCUGUGGAAGGGAAGGGUAGUGUCUGGAGCAGGUUUAAUCAUUUUCUAGGUUUGACAAAGGGUCAGUUAGCUCCAGCCACAGCUCUAGCAUUAACCGUCUCUCCUACACCAGUUUCUGCACAAACACCAGUGGGGUCUCCACAGCAACUCUCUACAAAAUCACCCCAAACAGAAAGUUCUCAUUCUCCCAGGUUAAGGAAAAGAGAGUUGUACAGGGAGAUCCGAUUUACGUUUUACUUUAAGUGUAACCCGAAGAGGAAAUGUUGCAUCAUGUCAUUCAUUGUUGUAAACAUUUCACACCCCGCCUCCCAUCCUCAGUGUUCUGUGUGGGCCAUCACUGGACCUGCUUCCAGCAGUGAUGUCACAGUGAUUGACCCGGCACGCUCCAAUACCAUUCUGGAUCAGUUCAGCCUUCCACCCACAUCCCCUGCAUUAUGCAUCUGUGCUGUGCCCCCUACUGGAGAUACUGCGGGAACUGUGUGGAUUGGAACCCAGGAUGGAGGUGUGCUGAUUCAUUCAUCCUCCAGCUCCAGGCGCCGCUGUUUGCAGUCUGUCAGUCUUUCUGAGGGGGUUCACUCUCUGACGUAUUCUCAGGGCGAGGUGAUCGCUGGCUUGGCCAAUGGGACGCUUGCAUUCUUCACCCACAAUUCAGGCAUCUGGAAUCUCCAGUCUCAAGAGGUGCUUUCGCUUGGCGCACCACCUUUGCAGCCCAUUCGCUGUUGCCUUGCAAAGGAUGGCUGUCUUUGGGUGGGAUACUGGAAUAAAGUUUACAUGAUCAGUGUGAAAAUUCGGAAAGUAGAGAAACUGUUCACAGUGUCUGAGCGAAGUGAGCAGCAGGUGCGUUUUCUGUGCGCAGCAGGAAGUGGCGUUUGGGCUGCAUGCCGUUUGGAUCCCAUUCUUAGGCUUUUUGAUUGGACAACUGGCCACCCUCUACAGGAAGUAGAUUUAUCAUCCAUAGUGACUAAAGCUUUAGGCUCUGCAUUCCUGUCUCUCUCUCCUCUUCAGAUCACAGCCUUGUCUGUGGUCAGUGGGCGGUUGUGGGUGGGAACAGGAAGUGGUGCAGUCUUCUCAGUUCCCCUGUCCCUCAGUUCAGAGUCCUGCUCUAUACCAUACUGCUCUCUUGCUUCAGCUCAGCUCUGUUACCAUGGCCACCGACAAGCAGUUAAAUUCAUCAUUUCUGCUCCAGGCUGCCAUAGUUCCUCCAAUUCACCAGAUGGCGCUACUACUACCUCUCAGCUCAUUCUCAGUGGCGGGGAAGGAUACAUCAACUUCCGAAUUGGAGAUGAUGGAAGUGAUGGGGCCAGUGAGUCUGUCCUACAGAGAUCAGAACGAAGUCACAUGAUUAUUUGGCAGAGCCCCACCCCCUCCAUCCCAAGCCCCACCCUCUGAAAGCACUUCAGCUGUUCACUCAAACAGUCUUUGAGCUUUAUCGGGAUAAGAUUGUACUACAUAGUACAAUGCAUUACUUUUCUUCUGUCCCCCUUCUAUAGAUGCUCCCAAGGGGAAUUAUAGGGCUAAAGUCAAAGUAAAGCAUUAACAGUUCUAAAACGUGUAAAUUUGGACCUUCAUUCUGCACUUUCAUUUUAGUUUUUUUUUGGUGAACUGACUUUAAAUUACAUCGUUUGUUUGUUUAAAGAACUGCUCAACAGGAUCUCUCCAGUGUGUCUUAGUGUAUGUUUUCAAAUUCUGUCUUAUUCUGUAUUUGACCAGUGAUUUUUUUUUUUUGUACACAAUCAUCCUAAAUACCAUAACAAAGACAGGUUUUGAAUGUAAUGCUAGGCCAGAAAUUAUUAAUAUAGUUUUAUUUUUUUUAUUUCAAAUCAUGAGGAGUGAUGCAUUUAAACUGAAAUGCUGCUGGUCAUGAGUAUUUUCGAACACAAUCUGUUGGUUGCUUGUCGUGCAUUAGAUCAACUGGAAACUUGCACAAACAAAAAUGUCAAAAUGAUAAGAAACUGACCAAGUUUGACACACUACCUACAUUUUGUGACAUUUACAUCUAUACUUCAAUCUGAACAAAUAUAUAUAUAUAUAUUUUUUUUAGGUUUGGUGUUUAUGGUGAGGUUUUAUUUUUGAUUGUAUUAUUUUUGGUUGUUGGUUUCUUUGCUGUAAAAAUAAUGGAGGCUUCUGUAUGGCAUUUUUUUUUUGCAGUAUUUUUUGAAUGGGGGAAUGUGUGGCUCUACCUAUUUAAUGAGUGAGAGAGAAAGUGACUUUAAUGUUGUGUUAAUGUUUUGUUAUCUGGAAGAUGUGUUAUGAAAAUGUGCAACUUUGCAAAUACAUUUUCACUAUAGUUAUAAAUUGUUGAGUUUUGAUCUGAAAAGGGAUUCAGUAUUAUUAAAAUAAAGCACUAAAGCUACAUGUUUAAUUUUAAAAUAUGAAAAAUUUAUCAGUGCUUGAAACUUAAUCACCCAUGUUUUGUACAACAGAAGAUAUUAAAAAAAAAAAAGUUUUGCUGCAAAAAGAAAUACAGAAUUACGUGUA